ACACCACUUAAAAGCAGAGUCUGAGAUGACAGUGAUUUAAAAAUAGCAUAAAGGUAGAGUGUCUCCUUUCUCCACACAUCGCUACCAACUUAAGAGAGAGGUCAACAUGUUCACACACUCAUUAAUCUGCUGGGUUUUAGCAUGUCAGUCACAACAACGUGGGCACGGAGAACAUUUGUUAUCAAUUUAUUUGUGUAUUUCCAGGAAACGAUAAAAUGUUUAUUCGAUCAAGAUUGGAUCACAUUAUCUUGUGAAAUUUUAGCUGACUAUCUCUGAUAAUGAAAAACAAUUUCUCUUUCUAUUGACGAGAUAUUGAAUGUGUUUUGGAACGACUCGAGUAUAAAGCAUAUUUUAAUUUGUUUUUAAAUCAAAAGCUAAAAGCAAUUCAAGUAAUGUGUUGUGUUUUUUUCCGCGGACAAAAAGCAGAAUGUAUUUGGAACUACUAAAACAUUUAUUGUCUAAGAACACAGUGCUAAGAAGGAUUUAAGAACUACUAAAUCAUUUUUAUUUUCUACGUACAGAAAGCUAAAAAUGUAUUUGAAACCUUUUAAUCAUUCAUUUUGAUGGACCACAGUUAUAUAAUACUCUCUCAAAAUGUACAUUGUAGUACCACAAAAAAGAAAAUAAAUAAUGUUCAUAAAUUGAGAUGCUAACAGUGAAAAUUAAAUGUAAAAGUCAUGUCUUUCUAGCGCAUCAACUCUAGAUCUGUGUUGAUACUUUAGAGCAGCAGUUUCUUGGAGGGACCAGUAGUACGAUAUGACUCAAAGUACAUGUCUUGUACUACUGAUCAGUUCAUAUUUCGUCAUCUAUCCAGCGUCUUUAUUUAGCCUUGUUUUCAAUACCGCAAGCUCUUCUCAAAACAGAUCCAACCAAGGGAAUGUACUUGUACUCAACAGUUUAUUUAAGAAAGAGUCUCAUCCCCCUACAGUUUACGAAUUCUCUCAGCUAAGCGAAAACGCUGUACAAAAUAAGGAAAAGAUCGAUCAACAAGUCCAAUUGUCUUCUGGAGAUAUCUGUGAAGUGGUGAACCAGACAGUGCUGAACUGUUCAUCUAGAAACUUAACUGACGUCCCUGGCGGAGAAUACAGCUCGAUCACUAAAUUACACCUUCAGAACAAUCGAAUCACUAACCUAAAAUACAAAGCUUUCAUUCAUUUUCUUAACUUGGAGAGGCUCAAUCUCGAAAAUAAUUUGUUGACUACGCUGUCAUUAAAUUGUUUUUAUGGUCUGACAAAGCUGAAAAUGUUAACUCUUCGAAGCAACAAUCUGCUUCUGAAUAAUGUCACAUUUCAUCCUGACAUCUUCUCUCCUUUAAUUCAUCUGGAAAAACUCAUUAUAAACAAAAAUGUUCCACAGAACAGUACUGACAAUGAUUUAUUCAACUAUCCAGAUAAGGCUUUAUCUAAGCUAAGAAAUCUGGUGGUGUUAGAGAUGGACGGGCUGAAAAAUAAGAGCUUAGGUCCUGGCUUUUUAAAUAUGACAUCAUUAACGAAUCUGACGCUUGCUGGAUACCUGAUAGGAAACUGUUAUAUGGGAACUCUAAAUGCUGACACCUUUAUAAACGUUCCAGGACUGAAAUAUUUAGAUCUUUCGUCUUGCUAUAUUACAGGUACUAAAAUUCACGAUUUUGCCUUUUCUCAUUUGUCGAAGUUGGAAGUUCUAAAUUUGACGCACAACGAAGACAUCGACAUAGAUAAUCUGCAGAAAGUGUUUAAAAGUUUAUACAACAUUACAAGUCUAAAGACGUUAAGCAUGCACCUCAUAGUCAAUAGAUACUCUCUUGGUAUCUGCCUGGACGCUGAUAGCAUUAACUACUUUCCGAGAUAUCUUGAAACGUUCGAUGCCCAGGAGAACAAUCUGGAAGCGGUAGAUCGCAGGGUAAUCCGAAAACUUUCCCCCUCUCUCAGAGUUCUAAACCUUAGCGGCAAUAAGUUUGUUUUCGGGACAUACCUGCAAGAUUUGAAAUACAUGGUCAAUCUUCAAGAGCUUUAUCUCAAUGGUGGCAGCUUCACAUACAGCCUCCCUGUAGCGUAUCCUUUCCAAUUACGCUCGGGAAAAUAUUUCUCUAGCUCCAAUUGUACGCUUUACAUGGCUACUGACAGAUCAAGUUUUAGUCCUUUUACUAUUGAGCUACCACCAAAUUUAACUCGAUUAGAAAUGAAUGGAGCAGGACUCACGUACAGGCUCACUGCUUUAAAUGUAAGUGAUAAUAAUUUAAAAGUAUUACAUCUGAAAAACAAUAACUUCCCAAGUUUAGAGGGGCCAAUUAACGGACUACAUUCCCUUGUUCAUUUAGAUUUGUCUCAGAGCUCUGUAAAGUACAUAAAGACGACAUUUUUCGAUAGCUUCACUUCAAUUCGUGAGCUAAAUCUGAGCAAUAAUCUGCUCGGAGAAUUCUUCUUAUCACAAAGUAAUGAAACGUUAGUGUUCUCGAAGCUGAAAAACUUGGAGAUAUUGGAUCUUUCGUCCAAUGGUAUUCAUCUUCUGCACUUCGACCUUUUCAUGGAUCUCCCUCGCCUCCAUCAUCUUAACCUGGCGUUCAAUACCUUGACCACGACAUUUGGUGUUGAUAUUACUAAACUGUCCAAGUUGAUGUAUCUGGACCUAACUAAGACGGGAAUAUCAAAGAUCCCUGAAACUGCUCGAACGUUUAUCGAUGGCCUUAAUAUUUCCGUCUUCAUGGGAAAAUGUUCUAUUUCUUGUGAAUGCGAUAAUUUAGACUUUCUCUUGUGGAUGGUCAAUUCUAAAGCAUUUGAUAAAACAUUCAAGAAUUAUAUGUGCUUCUAUAUGGAUUCGUCUUCAAGGCCCAUCACCGAUGGAUAUAAAUCGACUAUAGAGAUUCUACGUGGAAAGUGCACCUCCCAUGAAAUGUUAUUUUUCAUGGUUGGAUGUGGAACUUUAUUCCUGUUUUUCCUUCUCUUGUUUGGAAUAAUAUAUCGCUUCCGGUGGAAGCUUCGCUACCUCUACUACGCUGCUUACCUCCAUUACAAAAAGUCUGGAGGAGAAGGCGGCGCCAAAUUUAAGUAUGACGCCUUCGUAUCGUACGACCAUGCGGACGAAGAGACUAUCGUGAUUCACGUCUGCAACGAGCUAGAGGCCAGAGGUCUGAAGCUCUGCGUCCACGGGCGAGACUUCAGAGCUGGAGACUACAUUGCGUCCAACGUUGUGAAGGCGGUGUGCAGCAGCAGAAAAACCUUGGUGGUUCUGACAAAGAACCUGAUGAACAGUUACUGGUGUAAGUACGAGCUGCAGAUGGCCAACAUGGAGGCUGUCCACACAGGGCGUCAGGUGCUGAUCUUUCUGCUGGUGGAAAACAUACCUCAAGGAGAGCUCGGGGUGGAGUUACUCUAUAACAUACGUAACAAUACGUACAUUCCGUACCCAACUGAGCCUUGUGAUACAGCAUUUUGGGACGCUCUCUGGAACAAGUUGGCUAAUGAUAUAAGAGAUUGAUGCUUGCCAUAAAAGAAAGGAAUUUUUGAAAUAUUUUAACAUCGCUGACAAGAUGAAUAACUUGUGGUAAUAUACUAUGAAUUUUAUAGUUCAAAAGUUGUCACUUGAAAGAUAGUCUUUGUGGUUCAAUCGCAAAGACAGUGAAUGUCAAAGUUCAUAUAUUAUAUAGAUUUAUAGUCUAUGUUAUUCACAUAUGGAGUCAAAUAGAAAUAAAGCCUGAAACAAUCUGUGAUCCUUUUUUUCUUCUCAGACAUGUGGUUUAGAUUGUUUCAAUACGCAUAUGAUAAAAGGGAAUGUCUGUAAUUGAUAAAAUAGGGCAUAAUAGGCCUAGUGUUAUGCUAACAAUGGAAUUAUUGGGAUUGAAAUAACGGACGUAACAGGUGGAAUAAGACUAGUUAUACAUAAUAGUUUUUUAUUUUUAUUUUAUUUGCAUGUUUUGUUUAUUUACAUUUAUUGUUUUUUUAGUAAAAACACCAUUGUCCACUUUUACAGUGUACUGUGUACAUCGGCAUCAGGAAAACCCUAAAAAACAUUGCCAGAUAUCUGGACCGCGCUGCAAAGUCUCAGUAAGGAACCCUAGUGCAUGAAGGCUCACAAGUGGUGGUUUUUAG